CGUCAGGACGACGUGAGACCCGCGUGGGACGGAAACACCUGCGGAAACGCUCGCACCGGUGACAGCAGCGACCCGAACCCAGAAACCCCGAGUGGGCGGGUCUCCAGGGCGAGGACGCCCGGGUUGCUGUGUGACGUCAUCACCCCGCGCCGGUUCCACUGGGCGCCCGGACCGCGCAGCGCGCCAUGGGGCCGUGGCGGCGUCUGUGGCGUUUCGGCGUCGCGUGGUUUCGGGGUGGUGGCGCGGCCGCCGUCCCGCCCGUGGGGAGCCGAGCUCUGGGUCGUGGGCGCCAGGUACUAGGUGCCGACGGUGAGACCCUAAACCAGAGAAGAGCUCGGAUCAUGGCGCGAGGACUUCCAGAGCAGAAGCCCAUAGACGGUGUCAAACAAGCCAUUGUUGUGGCGUCCGGAAAGGGUGGAGUUGGAAAGUCUACUACAGCAGUGAACCUCGCACUGGCACUAGCGGUGAAUGACGCGUCCAAGGCCGUUGGCUUGUUAGAUGUAGAUGUGUACGGGCCUUCAAUUCCAAAGAUGAUGAAUCUGAAAGGAGAUCCAGAGUUACUACCAGACAACAGAAUGAGGCCUCUUUUGAAUUACGGUAUUGCUUGUAUGUCUAUGGGCUUUCUGGUUGAAGAGACUGCACCAGUUGUUUGGAGAGGCCUCAUGGUCAUGUCAGCCAUUGAGAAACUGUUAAGGCAGGUAGACUGGGGUCAACUGGAUUAUUUAGUGGUUGACAUGCCACCAGGAACAGGAGAUGUGCAGUUGUCAGUUUCACAGAAUAUUCCCAUUUCAGGAGCAGUGAUUGUCUCCACACCUCAGGACAUUGCACUGAUGGACGCACGCAAGGGAGCCGAGAUGUUUCGAAAAGUCCACGUGCCCGUUCUCGGCCUUGUCCAAAAUAUGAGUGUUUUCCAGUGUCCACAAUGUAAACAUAAAACUCAUAUUUUUGGUGCUGAUGGUGCAAGAAAACUAGCACAGACCCUUGAUCUCGAUGUUCUAGGAGAUGUUCCCUUACACCUCAGCAUAAGGGAAGCUUCAGACAUGGGCCAGCCAAUCGUGUUCUCACAGCCUGAAAGUGAUGAGGCUAAAGCUUACCUGCAGAUCGCUGCAGAAGUGGUAAGAAGAUUGCCACCACCUCCAGAAUGAUUGCCAGGUGCCCUGGAAAUUGCCCUGGUACUUGAUAAGAGGCGCAUCGGAAAUGAGUGUUGUGGCAGCGUGGAGCCACAAAAGUAAUGGUCUUGAUUGUGUUAUUCCUAAAGAAAUAAUGUCUUAUUCUCAGAUUUGAUCUGCAAACCUAUGACUCACAAAUAACAUGUUAAUAUAGACUGCAAACUGCCAUAUUUAGCUGCUUUUGAAAGCUGGUAUUUGUCAACUGUGCUACAUUAAAUUCUGUUGUCUUGUAUUUUAUAGAACUACUUCUUGAGGAAUUGUGGUUUGAUGAUGUUACAAUCUCAGUUUUGGAGAGAAUUUCUCUCUCUGGAUCACAGUUAAAGAAUUUACUAAAUUGUAUAUGGGCAUGAACCUGACACCUUCCCAACGGGCAGCUUGUUCUGGACAUGGAUCUGCCUGUAGUCCUGUCUUGGACAUGUUCUAGUGGAAAGGAACUUCAACCUUAUAUAGAGCAGACUCACCCCACACAUAAUGAAUCUAAAUCUCCAAGGCGGGACCUGGGUAUUUUUAACAAAACCAUGGAGAUUUCAAUAGUGACUUUUAUUUUGAUGGUAAUUAUAAUAAAAAUAGUCUGUAUCAAGUGA